ACUAGUGCUUCUCUUCUCCUUCAGUGCGUGUUUCCGUAAAGCUUUAAACUUUUUUCCUUAUUUUUUUAAAUAAUUUUCUGGGUGGCGAGAAACAAAGAGAAAAUCUCGUGACCCUGUUCUCUGGGGAGCGCACACAAAUCUCCUCGUCUCUUCCUUCCAUCGAUGUAAUACAACCCCUUGUUUCGAGCUUCUCGUAGGGCCUAGUGGGUGAUACCGAUCGAGGAGUAAGGGAAGGGAAGGGAGCACGAGAUCUCGAUUCCCCAUACACGGUUUGGAGUCGAGGUACAAUGCAAAUGAAUCAUCAUCCUAUCUCGAAGCUGGCUCUAGUGUGGUUAACACUUCUAUGCUCAGUUAUUGUCUCCUUUGCGGAGCUUGAGUUUGGUCAUUGCGAGAGAGUUGUGAAAGAGUGGGCGGAUACUUCUUCCUCUCCUCGUGAAGAACAUCCUAACAAAGACAAACGCUCGCUUCAGGAUCUGCUCUUCUUUCUCCACGUUCCUCGAACUGGAGGCAGGACUUAUUUCCACUGUUUCUUGAGGAAGUUGUAUGAUAACGCUGAGGAGUGUCCUCGAUCUUACGACAAGCUCCAUUUCGAUCCAAGGAAGCAAAAGUGCAAGUUGUUGGCCACACAUGACGAUUAUAGUUUAAUGUCUAUGCUUCCGAGGGAGAGAACUUCGGUGAUGACAAUAGUCCGUGACCCUGUUGCGCGUGUGUUGAGCACUUAUGAGUUUUCAGUAGAGGUAGCUGCUAGGUUCUUGGUGCAUCCCAAUCUAACUUCUGCGACAAUGAUGUCUGGUCGGAUUCGCAAGAAGAAUGUAAUAAGCACGCUUGACAUAUGGCCUUGGAAAUACCUUGUUCCAUGGAUGAGAGAAGACCUCUUUGCUCGGAGAGAUGCACGAAAACUCAAAGGAGUGGUUAUUAUUGAGGACGACAACCCCUAUGACAUGGAAGAGAUGCUUAUGCCACUGCACACAUAUCUCGACACCCCUACUGCUCAUGACAUUAUCCACAAUGGAGCAACAUUUCAGAUUGCAGGAUUGACAAACAAUUCUCGUUUAUCAGAAGCACACGAGGUUCGGCAUUGUGUGCAGAAAUACAAAAACCUCGGUGAGCCUGUUCUCCAAGUCGCCAAGAGAAGGUUAGACAGCAUGAUGUAUGUUGGAUUGACAGAAGAGCACAGAGAAUCUGCAUCACUUUUUGCCAAUGUAGUGGGUUCUCAGGUGCUUUCUCAAGUGGUUACAUCAAAUAUAACUUCAAAAACUACUAAAUCAGAAGCAAGUGUUAAAGUUUCAGAAUCUGGAUCAGAUAAGAGUGAAAUCCAGAAUAGUACAUCUGAAGUUGCAUCGAAUAAGAUAGAAGCUAAGAGUGGAAAUAUGACGGUAAAAACCUUAAUGGAAGUCUAUGAGGGAUGCAUUACUCAUCUACGAAAGUCCCAAGGAACCAGACGGGUCAACUCUUUGAAGAGAAUAUCGCCAGCAAAUUUUACCAGAGGGACGCGUACAAGAGUUCCUAAUGAGGUCAUUGAGCAGAUCAAAUCGCUUAACAAUCUAGAUGUGGAGCUUUACAAGUAUGCUAAAGAAAUCUUUGUUAAAGAACAUGAACUAGUGUCAAAGAAGAUGGUUUCAACAUCUAAGAGAAGCAUUGUUGAUCUGCAGAAUGUAUUUGGAGAAAUGGAAGCUGAGAAGAUGUGGAAGUUGGUAUCAGUGGCAUUGAUGCUUUUACUGCUCUUCCUCUUGUUUCUAUUUGUAAACGCUAGAAGGAGAAUAACCUCUAAGGUUAAAAUGAAAAAAAUGAAAAGCAAGAAGAUUGUCUGCGAAUCAGACUCAUUGCAACUAAUUAACAUCGUCAAAAAGGGAAACAACAUACCAUUAAUAUCUCUUGUGCACCCAUAAAUGUUUCAAGUUCGAGUCAUCUUGUGCUUGUAUUUUUAGUUUUAUA